AAAUGAUUGAAUGUUUCAUACGACGUACGUGUUAAUGAAUAUAAUAUAUUAUAAAAUAAUAUGACACGUGCAUAUUAUAUUUUAUUAUAUGAUACACACAAUUCAUUUAAUUUAGGUCAAUGGUCAGUAGUGUUCAGUACGUCGGUCAGUAACCGUGUAGUCUCGAGUCUCGACUAAGUGUUCCGUUUGUCCCGAUACCCAAUACUCAUUCGAAUUCUCUGUGCACGGGUACAGUCAAGGCCAACAGAAUUAGGAGCUCAGGAUGCGGCCUCUGCUGGAGCAGUAGGUCGAAUAACCCGAUUAGAGUCUAAUCAUUUGGCCUAUAUUAUGUAGAACUACAGUAGAAUACCGCUGCGAAACGGAUCAUCCAACACAUUCCAUUACGCGUGUAUCUAAAAUAAUGCGUAAAUAUAUCUUUUUUCUGUCCCAUUAAACACUAUAUAAUGAUUUGAAAUAAGAGGGGAAAAAGUGGUCGGCAAGAUCAGAAGUCAAUAUACUUCUGGUUUAUGAUUGGUAUCACGGCAUCACACGCGUCCCACCUUUUACAUCGUGCGUUGUGUGUCGAUAAACAUACAAAUUAUUUUAUAACAUAAUAUUAGCUUCUCGACCGUUCGAAAUGUCUACUAUUCCUCACUUGCCCAUUUUUGUUGAAGACGACGCCAUCGAAAACGGAUCUCAAAUCAUAUUGAAACUAAUAAGACCAGACUGGGAUUUAGAAAAAAUCCGAUACAAGUUGUUCACAGAUGGUAUUACUAACAAGUUAGUCGGUUUCUUCGACGAUUCGCGUCCAGAAGAUGAUGGCGUGCUGGUUCGCAUUUACGGAAAAAAUACGGAACAGAUCAUUGACAGAAAAGCAGAAUUCGAAAACUUUAAGUUUUUGUACCGUGCUGGAGUCGCGCCGGACUUGUACGCAACGUUCGAUAAUGGUAUGGUGUACAAAUACAUUAGAGGCAAAACGCUGACCACUACCACAGUCCGGGACCCGAUCAUUUACAGGCUUGUGGCCAGAACAAUGGCGAGAUUUCACAGGUUAGGUACAAGUGGCAAAAUGACAGAUGACGGGAGGACGACCAAAUCCGAACUUUGGAGUAAAAUGGAACAGUUUGCCAAUCUCAUUCCAGAAAGGUAUAGCUCUCCGUCCACGGACCUCCAGUUCCGAAAGACAUUCCCCCAAGGCGUCAAAAGUCUACGAGCUGAUAUUAAAACGCUCAAAGCAUCGUUGGAGAAUAUUGGAAGUCCAGUCGUGUUCUGUCACAACGACCUGCUGUUAACCAACAUACUUGUGCAGAGUGACGAUGCAGUGGGAAGUAGUCCCAUCAGCGUAGCAUUCAUCGAUUAUGAGUACUCCAUGUUCAACAAUCAGGCAUUCGACAUAGCCAAUCACUUUAUUGAAUUCGCUGGUGUACAAGAACCGGACUUUUCACUGUAUCCAAAUGUUGAUUUACAAAUGGACUGGCUGAAGUCGUACCUUGAAGAAUACAUCGGUGAAUCUUUGGACCAAGACGAUCAAAGGGUGGCCGUGCUUAAGGACCAAGUGAACAUGUUUGCAAUUGCAUCACAUUUGUUAUGGAUAUUCUGGUCACUCGUACAAGCCGAAAUAUCGGUCAUCGAUUUCGAUUAUUUAAAGUAUGCAGAAAUGAGAUUCAAACUGUACAUGACAGCGAAAAGUUCACUCAUCAAAUGAACACUUCGUGACAUUCCUUAAAUAAUUCUAUAAUUUGAUAAUACUUUAAAUUUAACAUGUUAACAUUUCCAUUUAUACCAAUAUGAGACAAUGAAAUGCUAUAAUAUAGGCUCACGCUUUGUCAAUAAAUAUUAUAGGCAUUAAGUUUUAAGGCAUACAUUUUAUAUUUAUUUAAAUACGAUGCCACCGUGGAUGAUAAACGUCAUUAUAUGCAAGUUGCAACACCGCCACCAAGUAAUCAUUGUGAUCAAAAUAUUAAAAUAAAGCAAUAAUAG